GAGAGAGAGAGAGAGAGAGGGAAAGGGAGAGAGAGUGGAAGAGACAGAGGGAGAGAGAGAAGGAGUGAGAGAAGAUGGAUACAAGGCAGCCAUCCAAGCUACAAUCUGAGCUACAGAUCAAGAGAAAAGAAAGGAUAUUUUUGUUUCAACUUGUGUAAAUGAGGGCUGAAGACCAAUUCCUAAAUCAUUUACAAACUCUCUACCUACACCAAAUCUAGAAAUCUUAGGAGUAGUGGUUAAAACUCUUAGCUUUUAAGCUCAAAAUCAUUGUCUGAGGAUGGAUUUGUGCCAGAUGAGAAAAAUGUCACAGAGAAAAUUCUUUAAAAUGAGAAGAGAUGCCUGACAACGGAGCAGUCCACGAAAAAAGACCAGAAAAAGGAGGGAUGAAGUAAUGGGUGUGAAUGGUCUCGUCACUAUGAAGCUGAUAAUCCUCUGCUGGUCAGUGAUGCUCUCCCAGGCCCAGCCUCCAGCUUCUCUCUCCCUUCCAGCCCAAAUCACAGUCUCCCCGCCAUGGCAUUCUUUCCCUUUAUCUCAGGCUGACCUGGGCCUCCUCUUCACCAACUCCAGCCCAUUCUCCUUCACACAGUCCCUCCUGCUAAUGCCUCCGCUAGCAGCUGCCUCCAAGCCAGGCCUUCGCGCAGCGUUCGGGCCCUACUCUGUCACUCAGCUUGUUUCUGAACCCAUCGCUCCUCUGACAGCUCCUCUUGUUGCGUAUCUCCUCUCCAAAACGGUUGUGUGUGAGCAUGAGGCUGAUCGAGGAGAGAGGCUAAAGGUCAGAGUGCUGUUCCACAUGAGGGGUGAUGCUAACAGAGGAACAUGUGUGACUCUUCAUGCCUUCAAACAGACAGAGGAGCAGAAAGCCUCAUGCAUCACUCAGCCCCCUCUAGGACUGUGUGUGGUCACAAUGACCUUUCCCAAGGACUGGUUUGAGCCUGACCAGACAAUUCACCAACACCGGAGUAGCCAAACCUUCAGACAACGGCACCCACACAGAGUACGAGCUCAUAACCACAGCCGGCGACAGCAGAACUUCUCAGCAGCCCUCAGGGCCAAACCUGGGGUCCUCACUCAAACGAUACAGCUCUACUACUCAUCAUUCGGCACUGUGACCAACCUUAAGUUAACGCCCCCUAGAUGUGUGGAGGAUAAAGUGCAGCAGUCGCAGAGAAAACUGUUCUACAUCAGUCCUGUGACUCUUGAGGACAAAGCAGCCAAAGGUAACAAGACAAAACAGGGCAUUUCCUGCCUAGACAACUUUGAAGAGGAGGAGCUGUGGCUGAAUUCAGAUGUGCUGAUUCGCUAUUAUAAGGGACCUGUGCGAGCUGGACGACCGGUUGGAAUAUCGAUAAAUCUAAGGUCCAACUUUAGCAGUGAAUCUGUCAUUGUGAGAUUUAAAGUAAAGAAAGGAUUACUCUCACUGCAAGCUCAACCUUCCAUAACCUUUGACCUGUGGACUGUCAAAGUGGAAAGGACAUCAGGUUCUAAGCAUGAAACCAUUUCUAUAAUCUCUCGUAGAAAUGGAGCUGCUCAGGACACACAAGGCACUGUGGCUCUGAGGCAGGUGGCCUGUCUCUCAGUGGAAGGUUUACGCAGAAGCUUUGGAGUCGCCAUGACUGUUGCAGUUAGCUGGUGGGUGGAGUACUCCUUACACACUAGCUUGGGGUCACCACCUGGGGCAGUGAUGAGUUUCCUGUCUUUUACAGACAGAGAGAUAGUGGGCAUCGCCCCCAUCACGGAGAGCAACACGAUAAUCAAUACGGCCAUCUUGACGAGCCAACCAGUUUCCCUCCCUGUCAUUGUACUGGGUGUGGGGCAUGAUGGGAAAGUAUCAGAUAUUACUGCAGCAGUAAUGUGUCGAUCAACUAAUGAAGACAUUGUUAAGGUGUCGAGUGACUGUUCCGCCCUGUUUGUAGAUGGGAGUGAGUCUGGGAUGGGCAGUACCUGUGUGGAGGUGGAGUUUUCUCUGGGUACUCUCAAGGGCUCCUUAUGCAUGGCUGUGUGGGCUCCUGUGGUUCCUCUCCGGAUCUCUCUCUCUGACUCUGUCCUGAGUCCCAUCAGAGGCUGGAGCUACCAUACAGAGAGCGGAUGCAGUCCAGUCUAUCAGCGCUCCACCAUUCAGAUCCUUGCACAAUUUAGUGCUCGACCAGUGGGUCCAGGGGGUCAGCCAACCUACAUGCUUGGAUCACCUGAUUGGUUUGUAGACGUAACAAACUUGGUUCGUAAUUGGCUGAGGAUAGACAACCCACGUGUCGCAGCUCUUGAUAAGCAAAACAAUCUAAUCGGAUUGGAGCCUGGCUUAACUUCACUACAUGUGAUAUCAAGUCAGUGGGAUGGUGUGCUCGGCAGUGUUGAUGUCUUUGUGACAUCUGAACCGGUGACCCCUGGUGACCUCUCUGUGCAGUUAGUUGGUGGGCUUGGUCUGACAAUUAAUCCAAAUCCCUCUCACCCUUCUGUUAUCACAGCAACAGUGACGUCACACAACACACUCUAUAACCAUGGGCAGGAAGCAUCUCUUAGUGUUUGGCUACAGUUUGCUGAUGACACGGCCAUAAUGGUUUCUGCAUUCAGCGGCAUCCCGUUCUCUCUGCGUCUGUCCUCGCUGGCUGAAUCUGUGGUUGUUGUAACGCCUGCUCCAUCACAACGCGUCCUAGCACAAGGAGAUGGUGGGGGACCUCUAGUGAAAGCAGAGCUUCUGGUUUCAACGUGUGAGCUCCAGUCUAACCGCAUUGAGAUGGAUGAGGUCAAAGAGGGAGGUGGGACUCAGAGACUGGCUAAAGGCUCUGGAUGGAUAAGAGUGAACUUGGAUGCCGAUAUCUGGCCUCUAGGUGCCGAUGUUGAUGACUUUGAGAUGAUCGAUGUGUCUGACAUGCUUGUAGAGUCAGGUAAGGAAGUGUAUGGUAAUUCUGAGGAGGAGCAAAAAACACUGAACUCCACUCAGGACUAUGAGGACAGUGUUGGGAAUGGUAUGAUCUCCAGGAAUGACUUGGAGAGAGCAGUAUUGACACCCAACCACGAGGAAAGUGCAGUAUAUUUUUCUCCUGGUGUAGAGAAGGAAAGUACGCAAGGGAAAACCUCCAGUCGAGAGUUUGAGGUAGGAGUUGGAGCUGUUCUUUCUCUCCUCUGUCUCUCCUCCCUUCUGUUCCUCGCCAACUGCCUGCCAUGUGCACUGCGGGAACAUAAGAGACAAACGGAACAGGAGAUAGAUGAAGAGGAUGGCUGUCCUGAGCAACAUGAGGAGCAAGAAAAGAAUUUACACAAAAGACAGGAGGUGAUAAUGUGUGAUGAUGAGAGUGGAGAGAUAAACUUUGUCAAAUCACAGGUUUGACCACAUUUAAAACUUUGAACAUACUCAGAAAUACAUAAUCUAACCCCUUGCUAAAUUCCUUUUCAUACAUUUAACCCCGUCCCACAGAGUGUUUUUGUCAUCUGCCUCAGAGAAGAAUACAAUAAAGUAGAAUACAAUGAAAUAUUAUCUUAUUAUAAUAUUAUAUUAUCUGUUAUUUACACUUUAAUCCCCCUUAACAGGGCUGGAUCAUAUAAGGGCAACAAGUUUAGGUGAUACAAACCCAUUUUUAUCUGAAUAAAAUAAGUUCUGAAAACUUUAAAGGGAUUCAGAUACUUCUUAAGGACACUUGGGAAGCUGCCUGUCCACUCUCUACUCCAUGAAAUUUCAAUUUUAGGAAUAAACUCAAAUUCUGCAUGUUUGAAAAUACCAUAGACAAACUUGAAAUUUGAGUCUGGAAGGUUUGUUGGAUGUAACUGCUCAUAAAAAAUAUUCUCAAAAACAUAGAAUUUCACAAACACAAUGUAUUUACAUCCUAAUAUUUGUAUUAGGAUAUAAAGGCUUUGUGACAUAAGACAUUUUUAAAUAUCAUUGUAAAUAAAGUGUUUUAUAUGUUUGGUCUUAAAUAGUU